AUGAGCUCGCUCUCGCCGGCGCAAGCGAUAACAUCAGACGACGCGCCUGUUGCAGGUUCGUCAUCUGCUACGCCGUCUCACUUUGUGGCUCAGCCAACCUCGUCGCCAACUAUUGACCAAAGCCAUACAUCGCCAACGGCUGUGAAAGAGGCCACAAGGAGCCUGUUGCUGGAUCACUCUGUCGGACCGCGCAGUCGAGUGGGGCCGCGCGCCAACGCGGCCGUCAACACAUCGUCCCAAAGCGCAUCAACCUCGGACAACAUUGACCAAGCAGAGAAACAGCAACAUUCACAAUCAUCGCAGCAGGACUCGACCCCACAAGACAACUCGAACAAUGGCAAGAGCAAGCCGAAUGUCAGCCGUACCAGGCGGCAUUGGAAGCGCUUUGCGAAGCUUGUCGGCCUCGAUCCUCUGCCAUGGUACAUCAGCUGGGCUCCACCUUGCUUCACUUGGCCCAAGCUCAAGCCUGUCAUCCGAUCUGCUCUGCUCGCCUGGAUCUGCAUGGUCAUCUUUCUCAUCAAUCCAGCUGAGCGUACACUCGGCAGCGCCUCUUUCCUCGUCCUCGUUGCUGCCUUCAUCCAGCCAGCCGAAGCACCUCUCGCCUCGGUUGUGGAGCGCGAGUUCUUCACCCUCCUCUUCGUCUGCAGUGCUUGGGCGUGGUCCAACAUCGCCAUCGCCAUAUCGCACGCUGUUCGCGAAAACAAGCUUGCCCAAGCUCAAACCAACAUUCGAAGAGUCAUACAAGGCGACUACAUUGAAGCAAGUCCCAGCAUCGUUUGCGCCGUCUUUCUCUCGGUUGGCUCAGCCGUGGUUCUAUACAUCAAGAUCCGCUUCGGGCCGAGUCCCUUCCUUUUCGCCAGCGUGUUCAGCUGCAUCCUCAUGAACAUCUGCCUGACGUAUGCACCAUUGUACCCCUUCGCCUUUUACUCUCUCGGUCAGGCGGUCGUCGUGCCGCUGGCGCUCAAGGCUGCCGUCAACAUCUUUCUCAGCAUCGUCUUCUUCCCCAAAUCGGUCAACUCGCAGUUCGUCGAACGUCUCGUUGCCGUUCUCAACCCCAUUGCAGACGCUUGUGGCGACCAAGUCAAGCUUCUUCAAACUUCGCCGCUCGACACGCCUUCUGCCGACGAUGGCGAAAAGCCCGAUCAAACAACACCACCCGCUACUGGCGAGAGCAAGGACGGAUUCGACUUCGAGAUGGUCAAGAACAAGCUCGCGGCUGCCGAAGGAGGGAUGAUGCCCAUGGCUCUGGCUUCUCGUCUGUUGACGCGCGAGAUCUCCUUUGGUCUCGCUAGCGGGGACGAUCUCCGCGCGCUGGAGCGUCUUUCGCGUUCGCUCAUCGCUCCUGCUGAUGGAUGGUCGUACUAUUACUCUUCUAUCAAGGCUGAUAUCCAGUCGGCACACUUUCCCAAGACACCGGUACCUUCCCGUCUGGCGACGCCGGCGUUCACACCGGCCGCCACUCCUCGUACAUCACUCGAGCAUUCGCGGGAUGCGUCCGAGUCAGGUCACGGCAGUCAUCACACCGCUUCGCACCACCAGACGCUUUCACACCCUCAUUUUUCUCCUCACCUUCAGCCUCCAUCACGUCCGCACUCGCCUGCAUUGGCGCCGCUCACUCCCGUUCCGACCGCUCAUUCGCCAAGUGCAGCAGUCCCUGCUUCAGCACCUGCUGCUGGCAUGCACCACGAUGCGUCGCACAUUCUGCCUCCGCCAUCGGGAGCUUCGACUCCUUAUCGCGAGUCUCCCCUGCACAGCGAAGUCUUUCCGCCUCAGGACUCUUUCGUCGGUGGCGCUGCUUUCCGUCAGCUGGACGAACAUCCCUCUGUUCAACCGGGCAAUGAACUCACUUCGUCAAGGUUCAGGAAGAUGGCUCGCUCCAUCGCUGCUGCCUCCCGCGGCUCCUCGCCACGUCGCCGGAUUCAUCACGGCCCUCAGAGCUCGUCCGAUCUUCGCGAUCCCCACCACCACAACGACGGUCGUCAUCACCACGCUUGGGACCGCUCCAGCCAGCUUCUGCACAACUUUGUCCACAAACGCGAUCCAGCUCCCGUCGCCAUCUGGGAGUCUAUCCGCUUUGGCAACUUGGAGACAUACCUCCACACGUCAGCCUCCAACUACAUCACAGAGAUGUUUGCGCUGCUUGUUCGCGAGACGUCGUCCGAUCUGCUUGUCGCCGAUGCGGAGGCGAUCAGACAUAUCGUUGCCUGGCUGACGCACCUCAAUUCGCAUCGGUACACGUUCCUGCGUGAUCGCUUCUUCCUCUCGCAAGAGCAGCGCGAGGAGAAAGGACGUACGCAGGCGGAAGAGACCACCAAGGUAAUCGCCAAUGUGACAGCCAAGCUGGCAGAGUUCAAACAAUCCCAACGUCUCAAGGUGCUCGAUCCGUACAGGGACGCUCUCAAGGCGCAUGACGAGGCGGCUCUGAGCAGUGUCGAUCUGGCUGCCGAGCUCGACCUGCGUACAGGCCCAGGUGAGAUCGGCAAGAUUCACCACAGGUACCUCUACCAGGCGUGGCUGCACCAGUUCCACACCAUCAGCUUCACUGAACGCAUGCUCGACUUGCUGCGCGAGGUCGAGACGAUCCAGAAGCAGAGGACGGCGGCACACAUUUGGUAUCCACACUGGCCGAAAAUUUUUUCGGCCGAUCUGUGGCGCAACACCUCUGGCGCGACUCACGAAGAUGACGAGCCGGACGGAGAGCCUGAUCAUAUCCCGGAUGUCUCUGGCGACACACCCGUCGCCUCGAGGCAGCGCAGUAGGAGCAGCCAAACCGUCGUCGAUCACGAUUCAUCCAGCAACGAGGGCAAGAGCAGAUCCAAAGACCACUCGGACGGCGGCGAAGUCCACGCACACUUUCGCAGAGGCAGCGUCGCCGCCGACCAAGAUGAAGGCAGAUCUUAUGAUCCCAUUGUCGACCUUGGCUCGACACGCGCUCGUGAUCCAGACGCACUCGACCCAGAAGGAUUCUUGCAAGUCGUCGGCCAUACCAUCUACUUUUGGUCGCGUCGACCUUUCCACGGGAACACACUCUUCGGCGUCAAAGCUGCGGUGCUCAUCGCGCUCGUGUCUCUCCCCGCGUUCAUGAAGUCCUCCGCAGGGUGGUGCUACGAGAACCGCGCCAUCUGGGCGAUCUUCAUGGCGCAACUCACCUUGGCUCGAUUCCGAGGCGAGACCGCAUUCGCGCUGCUCUCGCGAAUCCUCGCAACUGUCAUUGGCGCCAUCUUUGGGUUGAUCAUCUGGUACACCUCGACAGGGGAUGGAAGAGGGAAUGCGUACGGUUUGGGUGCGGUCACUGCGGUUGCAUUCCCGCUGUUGAUGAUGUACAGGAUCUACUUCCCCGGUCCACCUAUCACGCCUAUCAUUGCGUCGGUGACGACGGUGUUGAUCGUAGGAUACAGCUGGAAGGAUGUCACCAACCCAACACCCGGUGCACCUGGAUUUGGAUGGGAUACGGCGUGGAGGAGGUUCGUGACGGUGGUGGUUGGUGUUACAGCGGCGUACAUUUUCAGCUACUUGCCGCCGAGCUCGACUCUGAGGCAGUACCAGAGGUUGUCGCAUGCAGCCACGAUUGCAGAAUUGGGCAAGAUCUAUUGUGCUGUGGUGGGGAUUGCUAGUCAUCCACACCAACAACAGCAGCAGAGCACUUCGGCAGGCGGUGCAGUGGCGAAACUCAACCAAUCAAGGCCGGGAUCGCGUCGUCCUUCUUUGCAUCAGAACGAACGGGAAACUCCAGUCGAGCUGGACCAGCCUUCGCAGCAGAUCGAACAGCCGCAACGACUGCUCAACAUCCACCCGUCAUCCGAGCUGGUGCGUAAACGGAUCAUCGGCAUCCGCGCCAAACUCCGCCGACUCUCCAUGAUCUCGGUCAAUGUGUCCUACGAGUUCUCCCUGCGCGGCCGAUGGCCAUCCGCACGCUACCGCGAGCUGUUCGACGUGCAGAUGCAAAUCUCGAAGCUGCUCUCCCACUGUCUCGCGGUGUUCGAACGCCUAGGUCCCGCCUAUUCGAUCGCGCUCCUACGACGCACCCGGUUCCUCGACCCUCGAUUCCUCGGCGACGUAGUGAGCGUCAUCAGCAUGUGUUCUACCGCGCUCAAGACCGCCUCCCCCUUGCCACAGGUCACACCCUGUCCACUCGUGGAUAGGUUCAUGGACACCCCACACGGAUUCAACAUCGCCCAAGACACCACCGCUUCAGGCCACAUGGACGAGAUACUCGCAACACUCCCGUCAAAAAUCACGUUCGAGACGCUGCAGGACGCAGAAUACAUGACGUUCAGCGUAGGCGUAGCGACGCUGUUCGGACUGGUGGUGAGGGUCGACAAGCUGUGCGUGGCGGUCAAGGAGUUGGUUGGCGAGAGCUUUGCGGUGCCCGUGGAUGUGUACGGUAUGCUGAGAGGGAAGAGUCAUCAUUGA